CUUCGAAUUCGAAAUUUCGUGGUUGGAUUCGUCGUCUUUCCACUGCAGUGCCCACUUUGCACUGCAAAGUCGUCGACCGUUUCUUCAUUUCUUGGUGCUAUCAAAUCUUAUUGUCACAUCCAACGACUUAUAGCCAUGGACAAUGUCGACGCGCUCGUCCAAAAGCUCUGUCGAGCUGUCCAGCCCGAGGCUGAGGCCGACCGUCCCUUCCUCUUGCUCCACGAAGUCCAAGCGCUCGCCGCCGGCAAUGGCCUCGCUCCACUCACGAGCGUCGACCUCAUGCAUGUGGGCUUGCUACUGGAGUGGAACUGGCGAUUCCAAGAGGCGCCGGUGGACGGUCACUUCAGGAUAUCGGACCUCGUAUCCCUCGUGCGCGCCGUGAUCGCGGACGAACGUACGCUCAAGCACCCUGUGCCAUCGUACUUUGCGUACAUCAAGGAAGCGCGCAGUCUAUUGAGCAUGUGGCAACUGGUCACGCACAGCGGGACGUCGUCGGACGAUGGCUUGGAGCGCGUCGUGUCGUGGGUCAUCGCUUCACUGCGCGCUUCGGCAAGCCACCAGCAGCAGUUGCAAGUGGUCGGCGACAUCGAGUACGUCCACACCGACUGCAGUCGCUUGCUCGAGUGCCUCUUCGAGUGGCAGCCCCUGGCCUGGAAGGACGCGCUCGACGCGGAAGGUCGCGCCCAAGGCCUCGUGUAUGUGGCCGACCAUCUCCCGCUACCGCUCUUGCAACUCUUUCUAAGGCACUUUCUGGUCGCGUGGACGACGCAGCUGAGUAAGUAUGGCAUUACGAAGAGCAGUUUAGCUCGGGCGUAAUCAAUGCUACCAGACGAUGCGUACGACA